AAUAUCAGCUCAGGUCGAAUAACAAAGGGCCACUGAAACCUCCGUUACCUGGCAAGGCAGAUAUUACCCCAAGACCGGAAAUUUUGUUGGACGCUCCCAUGGCGGAUGUGGCCAAACACGCACCACAGGAAGUAGAAAGCGUCCGCUCCGUCUUCCCAGAAAGCUGGCUGUGGGCCAGCUCCGUGACGAGGUAUAUCAUCGAACAGUGUUCCCCGCAUAUGGUGGCGGUUUAGGAACUAUGACAGCAGGCUGUGCAAAACCUUAGAACCUGAGAGACUUAGAUCAGAUGUCUAGAUUGUAGACCUAAUGCUCUAAUUCAACAAUUUUAUCUGGUUAUUGGAUCUAAUUGCAUGCGUAUUCCUACAUGAAAUGAGAUAGAUGCACGAUUUAUGUAGCGUCUUAUACUCUAUUAGAAGUUAUAACUCUAGAUACACGCAUGUUUGCUUCAAUGUUUCAUCUUCUAUUAGAAGUUAACAAUUUACAUAACUUUGCGUUUACCUGCAGUAUCUGCCAAAUAUACGUUACUGAAAUAAAUAGACUAAGAAUAUUAACCUUGUCUUCAUCUGUAAGAUAAUUUUCCUCUGAAAGAUGACUAACAAAUACACUAUUAGCGUGUUGAUUUAACGACAUAGUCGUAAUGGGAGUCGCUUAGUAACUUCCUUGUUUGGUCACAUUAUGAGAGUAAGCCAUCACUAGGCUGCUACACACAAAAAAAAUAUACUUCAUCAGUGCUUCCCCAUGUCAUGUUACUUAAAAAUUUUACCUUUCAAAAUAUUCUGGAAUACACGCGUUUUUUAAAUGAAAUACAUGAAUGUGACAAUAAAUAUACGUCAGUUAUGAUAAAAGGAAGAAAGCUAUUUCAAGAAAAAUUUGUGAGCGAUAUUCGCUGGGAACUAUCAAUACUAUCAUCGGCAGGCUGCUUUUGAGCUCCGUGCGUGCCCAUGACCUCGUUUGCGUGUUUAUUCAAUAUUUGUGUUGGAAUCAUUCCACUUUGUUUAUUUUAUUGUUAAUUUUCAUUGGACGAAUUGUCGGCAUAGCCAUGACAUCAUUUGCGUGUUUAUUCAAUAUUGGUGCGGCGAAGGAAUAUUUUAAUAACCGGUUGGAACAAGAUUUCAAGUGAAUAAUUAACGAAUGUCCAAUUUGUCAAGCCAUUGUUUUAAAUUGUCUUUAUCCUUAAGCAGAAACUUAUGCAGACUUAUACCGCUGUCCUUAACUUGACUGUUUGAACAGCCAAAAGCCGAACAUUGCCUAGACAUCUUGAAUUACUAGUUGUAGUGUGUGACGGGCUACUGUUGUCAAGCACUAGUGUGUUGUAUACAGCCUACCGGAAGUCUUACUCGUUUUUACUUACAUCACGUGACAAAUCAAUCGACUAAGCGACUCCCAUUUAAGUGUUAAUGGUGCGCACCAUCUCGCUGCGGACAGUGUUCAUGGUGCGCACCAUCUCGCUGCGGACAGUGUUCAUGGUGCGCACCAUCUCGCUGCGGACAGUGUUCAUAGUGGUAACCAGAUUUGCUUAAACAUAUCGCUGAGUAAAGACUCCUGCUGACCCCUGCUCAGCGAAACUUUUGUUCGCGUACUUCAGUUAGAGUUUCCCGCGUACCUUCACAGCUGAACAACAGCUGGAUAAGAUAGACGGGUAUAGGAAGUUCGCACAAUAUUAAAUAAAUGUGCAUUGAAAGCCUUCCCGCAGCUUGGAAAAUGAAAAUGUAUCGAAUGAUGAAGCUGCUCCUUUCGUUGAUCCAAAUUAGUCAAAUGACGAUCUUCUAUGAGAUGGCCAAGUAAGCUGUAAACAUGAUAAUCAUGUUUGUUAGUUAGUUACACCCUUCGCUAAAAAAAUCACAUGUUUUAAAUACAUAAAAUCAAGUAAAGUAAAACAAAGUAAACUUUAAACCAGAUUCCAGAUUUUAUUUUGCGAUUGGAAACAGCUUCUCAUCAUCCUGUAAAGUCAUGCCUAUCCACGAGACACACCCACAACUUAAAAUUCUUUCACAGUGAUUUGAACUAGUCGAAGACGGAGAAACUUUCAAUGAUCUGAAAACAUUUGAACAGGUGUCAAGCCACUUUUGUAUUUGUAGAUCACAUGGCCAAUUUGGCACACUUGGAUUUCAACUCGGCUUUGAGGGUUACCGGCAAAAAGACAAAUGAAUUGAGGACCUCAAAUUUAAUAGAAGUGGAAUUUAUUCGCUCCAUUUUUCCUGACCAGUGGCUCUGGAACAGUUCUCUAACGGGGUACAACGUUGCUUUUAUUUUAUUAUAGACCGUCAUCCAUAUCUUUGUGCAUCGUUUGCUAUCCCAGUGCCUAUAUCCCUGUUUGGUGUUGUGCGGGCUGAUGUAUGUUUCAUGGUGUUGACAAAAUACUUUAUAAACGGAACAUGUGUGUGGUUGAUGUAGAAAUGAUUUGAAUAUGACUCACGUUCUAGUUUGUCCUUAAAGCGCCUUCAAAAUACUAGUUAAGAAAACCGGAUGCGGAUAAGUCUGGUCUACGUCAACGUCAUAUCGGCAGAGGUCUCGAUUUAUUUUAAGUUUAACCAACGCGUUUUGAAUUAUUAGCAGUUUUCGUUUUUUACAACUCAAAUCGAAUAUUUACGAAAGGAACUGAACUUCUGUAGUUUUAUGGGAAUCUAAUAUUUGAUAAAAUGUAUGAAAGUUUUCCUAACUUAAAAAAAACACCCCACAGAUCCAAACUUGAGAUUCCUUUGGCUUUCUAACAAUAAAAAAAGUACCUAAAAUCGGAAAAAAUCAGUGAAAAAAGGCCUAAGAAAAGUGGUCAAUCAAAGGGAACUCACGUGCCAGCAGAAAGGGUCAGAGUUCAUAUGCCCGAGACUUGGCUGUGGACAAGUCUUUGUUCAUGGUAAGGAGCGUAAUCUUUUUACUGUGUCAUUUCCUGUAGCACCUUGGAUGUCAACUCGUACUAAAUGACUUAGGUGUCGACUGUAGGAAAACCUAAUAAUAAUUCAAGUGUCUAUAAUAAUCGGCACCGAAUGUGUCUAACUAGAUUUUCUUCUUUUUUUUUUUUUGAAACAGUUAAUCGUAGUUUCAACCAAUGAAAUGUGCGUGUGAAUAACUAAUUAAUAGCUCAUUUAAAUGGACAAGAAUUUUAAAUACAUUUUAAUCUAUCAAUCAAUCAAUCAGUCAAUGAACCAGUCAAUCAAUCAAUUAGUUAAUCAAUCAAUCAAUAAGUCAAUCAAUUAGUCAAACAUUUAGUCAAUCAAUAAAACAAUCAUUCAACCAAUCACUCAGUCAAUCAAUCGUUCAAUCAAUCAUUUCUAUUCGAACAAACGCAUAAAAUAGGAACAAGGCUAAUUAUGAGUUCUUAUUAUUUCAAAACGAUAUUAAAAAAAAAAAAAUAUGGAAUACCAUGAGCUGACCUUUGAGACGACCGACUUCUCAUUUGCUCCAGUAAAGUUUAGGAUUAGGUGAUGGCAUAAAUGAUUAUGUUGAAUUCUUAUAAAUUUUAGUGUUACAUUUUAAUCAAAUAUUUAAGUAAGGAAUGGAACUUCUGUUUCUGUAGUUUUAUGUGAAUCUGAUAUUGUAAAAUAUAUGAACGUUUUCCCAACUAAAAAAAAUUAUGUGUUAGUCUGUUCAUCAAUGCGAUUGUCCUAGGGGGGUCGAAAGGCCACAUUUCCGUGAGCAGUUGAUGCAAAUUUGAUAUGGCUAGUUCUAGGAAUUGUGAUGCCAAAGCUAUAUUGCAUUUGGCUAGUUCUAUGAGUUUUACAGUCGUGUGUUUGUACACCCAAACACUGCUAUUUUUUUUUUUUCUAAAAUGAAAUGUAUAUAAAAUUAAAAUAUUCUUCAUUAUGGACAUAUACCACUAAACUAAAUAAACAGUAACGUUAUUGCCGUUCUCGUGACUUAGGACAGCUUAGGUCUUUACUUCCUCUCUAAUGAUCUUUCUAAUAAUAACAUUUCUUAAUUUCCUUAUCGAAAUGUCAGGCUCGGCUAAAAAUUUCUUUUUGUUAAAAUUUGAUGAAAUAAAUUUUUUGUUGCCUAUAUUAUAAUUAACUAGAAUAAAAGACCCGAUGUUAUCGGGAUAAUAAUGAUAGGUCCUUUGCGUAAAUUUCUAACUGCUAUUGCAAAAACCCAGUCUAACUUAUCACUACUUAUAUCACUUUUGUCACUAAAGAAUUUAAUGAAGGGACAAUUACUACGCUAGAGAAAUACAUUAGAUUUACCCCAUUUCGUGCCCUUGAAUUACAACUUUUUUUCUCUAUAAAUUCUUUUAGAAACCUAAUCUUAAAUUUACAACAAAAGCUAUAUAUAUGAUAUAAGUAUAUGUAAUAUGACAGGAUUUCGAUAUAUUGAUAUUUUCAUAAAAAAUUUAACAAUAUUUAUGCCUUUAAAAAAAAUAUAUAUAUUAUCAGAGACUCGUAAAACACAGAAUUAUUUUAUCUAUAAGACUCUCGCAACCGUUUUUCACCCCUAAAACAGACUUGCGUAACUUUAAAAAAAAAAAAAAAUGUAAAUCUCAUAAAAAUACACACCUCGUUACUUUUUGCAAAGUAAAAAUAAAAGUAUAAUUUCAUUUUUGAAAGUCAAUAUUAACCAAUCUCUAUUUUUUAAAUAUUACUUUUUCAAAUGUGUAAAAGAAUUGGGUUUUGAGAUUUAAGGGUAUGCUUAUGUAAAUGUACCCAAGAUUUCUUAACGCCAUUGAUUUUAUUAAUUGGUAAACAUAUUUUUAUUUGUAAAAAGAGAAUUAAACAUCUCUUUUUUCACAAAUGUAACACCAUAGGAUUUCAAUAUAUUUUCAUCCACGUAAAAAUGUUCACAUCCUCUUUCAUAUCUCCGAUUUAUUUUGAGACAUAUUUUUUGCCGCCUUUGACAAAGUGACCAACCCCUCCCCUACCGAGAUUUACUACAUUUAUAAAAUCUUCCCCCGGAUUUAUUAUUUUGAGACGUAUCUUGUGCUGCCUUGGACAAAAUGAAUAUACCCAUAUUUGUGAAAAGAGAAAGUAGCAUCUCUUUUUUCACAAAUUUAAUUCCAUAGGAUUUAAAUAUAUUGUCAUCCACGUAAAAAUGUUCACAUCCUUUUUCAUAUCUCCGAUAUGUAUGUACACAAGAACGUUAGUUAUUAAUCAAAUUGAUUACUUUAUUUUGGGACGUAUCUUGUAUUGCCUUGGGCAAAAUGAACAUACCAAUAUUUGUAAAAAGAGAAUGCAACAUCUCAUUUUUUCACAAAUGUAAUACCAUAGGAGUUAACUAUGUUGUCAUCGACCGUAAGAAUAUACGCAUCUUAUUUACUACCUCCGAAACAUAUUUGCCCAAGAAUAUUAAUUAUUUAUCAAAUUCAUUCCUUUAUUUUGAGACUUAUCUAGUGCUGCCUUGGACAAAAUCAACAUACCCAUAUUUGCUGUAAAAAAAGAAUGUAACGUCUCUUUUUUCACAAACGUAAUAGCAUAGGAUUUAAUAAAUAUAUAUGGUCAUCCACGUACAAACGUACACAUCUUAUUUCCUACCUCCUAUAUUAAUGUACCCAAGAAGGUUAAUUAUUUAUCAUAUUCAUUCAAUUAUUUUGAGACCUAUCUUUUGCCGCCUGGGGCAAAGUGACCAACCCCUCCCCCACCCAGAUUUAAAUAAAUUUAGAAAAUCUUCCACCGGGUGUUAGUCCCUUCCAUACCCAAAGAAACAUAUUUUGCAUUUCAUAUGGGUCGUUAGGAUUUGCAUGAGGUAUAAGUGCAUUAGUGAAUGCUAUUUAGCUGUGGAGUUGCGCUGCACUGAUUGACUAAAACGGAAUUUUCUUCUUAGAAUUAUAAUUAAAGGUUAGUUCUUCUGACGUUAUAAAUUUAAUAAAAGUAUAUUUUUGGAAUAAAAAAAGACAAAGCUUUUUAAAUAUGAAAAUAUACAAAGCAAAAAUGUGGGUGUUUUAUUAACAAUUUAAAAAAACAAUCAAUUGUAUUUUUUACUUGUACUUUUAAGAUGGGAAAAUACAUUAUCAGUUUUAUCACGCGUGGUUAGCAAAUUGAAAGAAUCCUAAGAGUUUUGGCGAAAUAGGCUCUUCGCGCUAUGACGUCAUUUGCGUGAUUAUUUGUAACAAAUUAAUUUAAAGUUUAUUUCGCAAUAUUAACAACGCACUAAAAGACUCACUAAAAACGACUGAUACUUGUGUUUUCUCGAUAAUGUGACUACGUUAUAAUUCUUUGAUCAUGAUUGAUUUAUUUUUUUUAUAUUUUCAUAACUUUCAAACACAUAUAAAAUGCUUAAAAUACUUCCUUAGUUGAUACUUUAAAUGUAUUUGUAAUUUUUAAUAACAUAACGCUAAAUUUAACUAAAAUAAAAGCGGAUUUAAAUUUAUUUUUUGCGCAUUAAAAAUUUUUCGAUUUCCGUAAAAUAAUGGAAAAUAAAUAUGCUUGUUUUUAGGAAUCCGAACGUACUUAAAAAGUAUGUCCAUUUUGGCGUUAUGUGAACCUAGCCCAUUCUUAUAUAUAUAUAUAUAUAUAUAUAUAUAGGUUUCAUAAACAUGUCACAAUGAAGCAAUGCUAAAGAUGAAUAAAUAGAUUACCCUCUGUACUCUUAUCUUGCAUUAGAAACAUAAUUCUUUUUUAAAGCAGCAAACGCUAAAUACUAACAAACAUGUUCGCAUCAGUAUUCUAAAUACUAACUCUUUAAAUUCAAAACACAUAUAGUUUUUUUUUAUAAUAUAAUAUCUAGAUUCCUAUCAAUCCUUUUGGUUGGGUGGGCCCCAUAAAAAUUAUUCAGAUAAAUUUUGGAGUUACCCCCCCCACACCCCUUUUUUUUAAAGUAAAAGUUACAGAAAUGUGUCGCUUUUUAUGUCUGUAUACUUUGGAAGUAUAAAACUUUUAUUUUACAGUUUCAUUUUGUAAUGAAUCUCAACCUAUAAUAUGUUCCUUUAAGUGUGUUUAGAAAAAGAUGUUCCCUCUAUAUUCCACCCCCGAUGCAGGGGUGGACUGGGGAGUUCAAGCGGCCCGGGGAAAAAAACAAAAAGCGGCCCUAUCUUCAUGACUUUUAUUUUUAUUAUAUCACCGGUCCUAGCGGCUCAUCUGGAAUCUUCCCGGUGUCCCGGCGGCCCAGUCCACUCCUGCCCUGAUGUGUGUAGUUUGCUCUGCAUCUAACCAGCAUGUUUUAAAAGAUUUUGCAUGGUAUUUUUAGUUACGCAGAGCUCUAAGCACUAAACUUUUAUUUUUAAAAAAAAUUUAUUUAACCAUUCUGAUUCAAAUCAUCCCAUAAAAUUUAGUAGCUGUUUUAAGGGCUAACUUGGGUAUGAUGCUACAUUGUGUUUAAUAACAGUUUUAAACUGCUAGCUUACAAGUUGUUGAUGAAACGAAAAAAAAAAUUAAUGUUCAAAAUAUAAUUAUAUUUCAGCUUCACUUUCAAACAUUUCAAGUAAUUGUGUAAUUGUUGUUCAGAUAUUUCAAGUAAUUGUCUAAUUUUUGUUUAGAUAUUUCAAGUAAUGAGCUAAAUGUUGCUUAGAAAUUUCAAGUAAUUGCUUACUUGUUGUUUAUAAACUAAUGUUUUUUGUAAAAAUAAACUUAUUAAUUACCUUUAAUUAAACAAUUUUAAAGCUAAAUUUUAUAUAAAUUUACAUGAACAGAGGUUUUCAAUAAUUUUUCUAAAAAUCGAUAUAAAAAAUCAUUGAACGGCCCACCCUUUUCACCUAUAAAUUGUAAGAUGUGAACUAAGCAUUAUUACAAUAUCGAGGCAUUGAGUGAUUUAAAAUCUGUAGGAAGUGAAAUUCGACUCAAAAUACUAAAGAACGAAAUUUUUUAAAACUGCGUUCAGUGGUUGAAUGAUUUUGUACGGUAUACAUUUAUUUUCAAACAAGUGGACCCUCGGAUGACGACAUUAAUUCUCUCUUUGACUCUAAUCUCUAACCGAAAUAAUGGCUCCAAUUGACUUAAAGUUACAUUUAACUAAUCUGUUCCUGCCUUAGAAAUCUGGUAUACGUAUUUCUUUCUUACGUGUUUCGCUAUAAUAAAUAAACAAUAACAGUAUUGCCAUCAUCGUGAUUUAAGAUCGAUUAGGUGUUCACUUCUUCACUAAGGCUAUCCCUAUAAAUAACACUUUUCACUUAAGGCGCCGCAGUGGGGGUUAAAACGGAAAAUAUAUUUUUUUAAAUAGCAAAAUGCAUUGUUUUGAAAGCGGCAAAGGGGCGAACUAUGUCUAUGGCUUUCCAGGCGACGCACUGCUGAGAUGGUGGAAUUGUUUGAACAGACGAGUGUCCGUACACCGAGGCACUACUGAGAUAGUGGAAUUGUUUGAACAGACGAGUGUCCGUACCGCGAGGCACUACUGAGAUGGUGGGAUUGUUUGAACAGAAGAGUGUCCGUACACCGAGGCACUACUGGGAUGGUGGGAUUGUUAUGUAAUACGUGUACGUUCGUUCGAACGCCCCCGAAGUUCCGCUCCUUCAGCGUCAUGGUUCGUUGUCCGAGGUUCCACGGAAUGUUUAAACCACGUGGGGCUAGCAAAACCAACCGAAAACCGUAUGUCAACUCUUUGCGGGCCACGUGUUAGUUAACCUAGUAAAUAAAACAAUUCUAAAACCAGUCUCGCAUUGGGAUUCAUUUAAUCGUACUGAGAAAAUACACCCACACGGACCGCACAAACACCUACAUCACCACGCACCAUACAAACACAUUUAUCCAUUGAAUCCAUUUAAUGAUAAUGCAAAGCUUUUUUUUUUUUUUUAAAAGAUUAAAUAUUUCAAUAAAUUUAAAAUAAUCUUUAUCACAAGGAAUAACAAGGGGCGCAAAUUGAAAAAAAAAAAAAUUUGAGAUGCACCUAGCGUUUGGUACAUUGAAUCCAUUUAAUGAUAAUGCAAAGAUUUUUUUUUUUUUUUAAAAGAUUAAAUAUUUCAAUAAAUUUAAAAUAAUCUGUAUCACAAGGAAUAACAAGGGGCGCAAAUUGAAAAAAAAACAAUUUGAGAUGCACCUAGCGUUUGGUUGGCCACGAAAUGUAUCAUUUCAGAACGUGUGUAGCCGUCUCUGAUUUGCACGGUGUACAAGUUUAAUUUAAAUACAUUCAAUUUUUGCAUUACAUUUUACAUCAUAACGAUGAAGGCAUAGGUUGGCGCGUCUCAAAAAUUUAAUUUGUAUUUUUUAAAUUUAAAGCUUUAUGUAGCUGUGUUAUGUUAUAAACAUAUGUUAUGUUUUAUCAAUCUACCUACGCUAUACUGCAGUUUUUAUCCCUUGUAAAAUAAGAAGCAACUAUUCAUUUUGCGUAUUGUUAAGGAACAUAUCCUUUGAAAUAACAUUGGAGGUUUCAUACCAUAGUUAGCUUGGACUGAAUUGUAUUUGAUUUUUUAAUGGCAUUUUCCUUGCCACAGCUCCAAUGGCAAAGCCAUUCUAAAGUCUACAGUACCAGACACCAUAACGUCUUGGGUUGUGAGCGCUUUUGCUACCAACAUGGUGACAGGACUUGGCGUCGCAUCGACAACAUCAAUGGUAUGAUGUAUAUAACUCGUCUUUAAAAAGAAAUACACUGUACAAGUGACAACUAACAAAGGUCGUUGUAAGUACAUGCUAAGUCAACCAUGUCGUUGUAAUAACAAGCUAAGUCAACCAUGUCGUUGUAAGUACAUGCUAAGUCAACCAUGUCGUUGUAAUUACAAGCUAAGUCAACCAGGUCGUUUUAAGUACAUGCUAAGUCAACCAUGUCGUUGUAAGUACAAGCUAAGUCAACCAGGUCGUUGUAAGUACAAGCUAAGUCAACCAUGUCGUUGUAAGUACAUGCUAAGUCAACCAGGUCGUUGUAAGUACAUGCUGAGUCAACCAUGUCGUUGUAAGUACAAGCUAAGUCAACCAGGUCGUUGUAAGUACAAGCUAAGUCAACCAUGCCAUUGUAGUUACAUGUUAAGUCAACCAGGUCGUUGUAAGUACAAGCUAAGUCAACCAUGUCAUUGUAAGUACAAGCUAAGUCAACCAUGCCAUUGUAAGUACAAGCUAAGUCAACCAUGUCAUUGUAAGUACAUGCUAAGUCAACCAUGCCAUUGUAAGUACAAGCUAAGUCAACCAUGUCAUUGUAAGUACAUGCUAAGUCAACCAUGUCAUUGUAAGUACAAGCUAAGUCAACCAUGUCGUUGUAAAGUACAAGCUAAGUCAACCAUGUCAUUGUAAGUACAAGCUAAGUCAACCAUGUCAUUGUAAGUACAAGCUAAGUCAACCAUGCCAUUGUAAGUACAAGCUAAGUCAACCAUGUCAUUGUAAGUACAUGCUAAGUCAACCAUGUCAUUGUAAGUACACGCUAAGUCAACAAUGUCGUUGUAAGUACAAGCUAAGUCAACCAUGUCAUUGUAAGUACAAGCUAAGUCAACCAUGUCAUUGUAAGUACAAGCUAAGUCAACCAUGUCAUUGUAAGUACAAGCUAAGUCAACCAUGUCAUUGUACGUACAAGCUAAGUGUAACACAUCUUCUACUCUGACAUGGCGUGGGAUGUUAUUUCUUAUGCUGUGGGUUACGUCAGUAGUAUGGUUACUUAUAUUAACGCUUCAGGAUGCCGACUCAGUCUUCUUCAUUCUUUCACUUAUUAUUCAGGCACGUAAAGAAGAAUGCUCAAUUCUAGUUAAAACUCACAGUACUUUAUUGAACACACUUUAUAUUGAUAAUAUUAAUAAAUAAUCCUUGCAUGAAUGUAAUUUCACAUAUAUAUCUAUAGUAUUCCAUCAUUAAGAAAGACACGUCCUCAGACUACUAUAACUCAGCUCAACUGUCUAAUCUCACAGCUCUCACGCUACUGACUGACUCUACUGCUCUGCGCUCAGCUCUCCUUAUCUCAGUCAACUCAUACUUUAUUACCAGCAAAGCGUGCAAAACAACCGCUCUGACAAAACAUAAUUUUACUCUCCAAAAACGUGGAGUUCACAUUUGUUCUCAAAAAUACAAUCCACAUUGAUUGUCUCUCCCCGUGGAAAAACCUGGUGAACACACUCACUGUCCACUCAUGCUACCUCUCUGUUUACAUGUGAAAACAUAGUCCGUUACAUGCCCCACCCAUCUGAAAAAAUUUUGUGCAACAAAAUUUUUGGCAUUAUAUGUUGAAAUAAUGAUAAUGUCUCUUAGAAAAUUUCAAUGCCACAUCUAACAAUCAAAUCAGUGUAACAACAUUAACAUUUCAUCAUUAUGAAAUACAGAGUCUUUUACUGUUAAUAUCACACUUAAUAGUGAAUAAUGUACCCUGGCAAAAAAUUAAAAAAUCACCAAUGACAACCUCUUAAAAUCUUUAUGUAUGAUAAUGUGAAGUGACAUUAACAUCUUAAUGAAUAAUAAACACUGCAAAAUGAAUGUAACAAUCUUAAAUUUUGCAUUAGAAAAUUUACAAUCGGUUAAAAUAUGAUAUUCAUUUACAAAAAUUGAUAUGUACAAGUGUCUUAUCAAAAAACUGAGUGAACGUAUGUGUGUAUAUUCAUUUAGAAUGUCUGACUAAUGUGUCUUAAGUCAGUGUCUUUGUCAUUGUCUGCAUGUUCAAUGUGUCUGGAAAGGAAAUCAGCUACUGUAUUGUCUUUUCCUUUUAUUGUCCUUAUCUCAUACUGAUAAUCUAAUAGUAUCAACGACCAUCUGUUUAUUUUACUAUUCGCUAUUUUCUUUCUAUUCAGUGCCAUUAAUGGCUUGUGAUCAGUCAAUAAUGUAAAUUUUCUGCCUAAUAGAUAUUUCUGUAGUUUGGUAAGUGCCCACACAAUUGCUAAGCAUUCUUUUUCAAUGGUUGAGUAGUUAAUUUCAGUUCUGCUUAAUGCUCUACUUAAAUAGGUAAUGGGUCUUAAUUUAUGAUUGUAUUCUUGCAUAAGGCAAGCUCCUAAUCCAAUGUUGGAGGCGUCUGUAACUAGAGUGAAAGAUUGUUUAAAAUUGGGUGAUAACAAUAUGUUGUCACUUUGGAAAAUUUCUUUGAUUGUUCUCAGUGUAUUUUCGCAUUCAUCCGUCCAUACUAUUUGUUUCUUGCUAUCUUUAUUUAUUAGUUUCCUUAAGGGUAGUGUAACAUCAGAAAAUUUUGGAACAAAAGUGCUGUAAAAAUUGCACAAACCUAAAAUGGCUUUUACUUCUUUCUGAGUGUGUGGUGUUUUUAUAUUUAGUAUUUUUCCUCUGUUGUGUUCUGUGGGCUGAAUUGUGUUUUUACCGACUUUAAAUCCUAAAAAUUCAAUGUCCUCUUGUGCAAACUUUAAUUUGUUUGGUGCUAUUGUAACUCCAUGUGCUCUUAAUUUGUUUAGUACUGUUUUUAUAGUCUCUAAAUGUGUCUUCAUAUCCUUAGUGUGAAUACAGAUGUCAUCGACAAAAUGUACGACAUUUGGUAUGCCUUCUAGCAUGAUUCGCAUGAAUCGAGAAAAUGUUGCGGUGGAAUUAACUAGACCAAAUGGCAUUACUGUCCAUUCGAACAAGCCUUCCUCUGUGGCAAAUGCAGUCAAAGGCAUGGAAUCCGGAUGCAUGCCUAUUUGCCAGAAUCCUCUGUUUAAAUCUAAGUGGGUGAAUAAUGUGGAGGAGCCUAUUUCUUCCAGUAGUUCUCUGGUGUCCCUCAUGGGUUCUGCAUCUAAUUGUGUGAUUUUAUUUAACUCCCUAUAGUCACAACAUAUACGGCACUGGCCAUUUUUCUUUUUUACUACUACCAUGGGUGAUGCUAUUGGUGAAUCUGAUCUUUUAAUCUUGUUGGUCUGUAUUAAAUGAUUUAGUUCUUUCUUUACUUCUUCCCUAAAUGCAUAUGGAAUUGGAUAGAUUUUGUGUUUGAAUGUGGGUUCCUGUGUUAAUAUUAUCUUGUGUUCUAAACUGCUAGUGUGUCCUAUGUUCUCUGUGAUGACAUCUUUGUAUUCUUUUAGAAUUGUUGUUAAGUGUCUGUUUGUUGUGGUGUUAUUUUCAUUGUCUUCUAAUUGUAUAACACUAGCAACGGUGGCUGUGCUACUUAUUUCAUUACUGAUGGUUUCUAACUCUUCAGGAACAGAGUCAUAUUUUCUGAGCAAGUCCACAUGUAGGACUUUCAAUUCACCCUUCAUGUGAAUUACAUAAUCAACUAAAUUUAACUUGUCAUGAAUUGUAAACGGACCCUGCCAAAUCUUUUGUCCAUUAUUGUUUGGCAACCAUACCAAAACUUUAUCAUGUACUUUAAGAUCUCUGAGGUAUCUAUGUGUAUUCUUUAUAUGUCUUUGUCUUUUAGACUCCCUAUCAGUGUUUUCUUUAGCAUUUUCUAUGCCAUAUGUAAUCCUCUCUCUAAUUUUUGUAAUUAUGUCAAAUGUGUCUUGUUGUGUGCCUUUCUGGCCUAAAAUAUUUUCUUUAAAAAGAGUUAACGGUCCCUUUGGAUUGGCCCCAAACAUUAGCUCAAAUGGAGAGUACCCAGUGGUGUCUUGUAUACUCUCUCUAUAGGCGAAUAAAACCAUGGGUAUAUAUAGGUGCCAUUCUCUAGGGUGGUCUAUUGUUGUUUUAUUUAACAUUGUUUUUAGUGUUUUGUUCCAUCGUUCUACCAUACCAUUAGCCUGUGGUCUAUAUAUUGUGGAAUGUACUUGUAUUAUACCUAGCAUUUUUGUAACUGCAUUGGUUAAGUUGGAAGUAAACUGUGUUCCAUUAUCUGACAAUAUUUUAUCAGGGAACCCAUGUCUUGUAAAUACAUCUAAUAAUGCCAUGCAAAUUGUUUCUGAAUUAAUGUUUUUGAGGGGAAUUGCCUCUGGCCAUCUAGAUGCCAUAUCAAUCAUGGUUAAAAUAAAUUUGUGUCCCUUAUUUGAUGGUGGAUUAAGAGGACCAAUGAUAUCUAUAGCUACCUUCUCAAAGUUUCUACCUAUUUUGUCUGUGGGUUGUAUGGGUGCUCUGUGUUUACUGUGUAUUGGGUUUUUUGUCAGACAUGGUAUGCAUUUGUUUAUGUGUUUCUUUAUGUCCUUGUGUAUGCCUGGCCAAUAAAAAUUCUGUGUGACCCUUUCUAAUGUUUUUUUUAUACCCAUGUGUCCAGCCAAAGGACUGUCAUGUGCAUGGUUGAGUAUUUUGUUUCUGAGUAUUAAUGGUACUAUUAUUUGAGAUUUUUUGAUUUCACCUUUCUCAAAAUUUCUGAUUAGAAUAUUAUGUUUUAUUGUGUAAUUAUGUCCUCUAUAAAUUGUGUUAUUGUCCUUAAUUUUGUUUCUAAUGUCCUGAAUUUGCCUAUCUUCUGUCUGCAUUCUAAUUAUGUCCUCUCUAGAUAUUUGUUUUGGAAUGUCUAAUUUUUCUUCUAUUUCAGGCUGUGUCUGACUAGUUUUAUGUUGUUGUCUUGUUAUUGCACUUAUAUACUCUUUGGUUAAAUUUUUUGAUUCAAUCCAAUUUAAGAAUAGUUCUUGGGAAUUAUCUGGAAUUUCUUUAAUAUUUCCAAUUAUUAACUGACAUACUGGGUUGUCCAUAAGUACUGCCGUUACCUUUCCUGUCAACCAUGGACAGUCUAUGUCCACUACUGCUUUAUAACAUUCAACUUUUGUGUUAUUUGCUAACAUGACUGUGGUUUUUUCAGAUAUAUGGUCUUUAGGGUCAAUCAAUUUUUUGUCAACUACUAUUGUUGUACAACCUGUGUCUCUUAGACACUGAACAAGUUGGUUGUUUACAUAAGAAGGAAAAAAUUGUAAACUUCCUUCACUGUGACAUGCGCUAGCUAAAGUUUCAUGUGGUUUGGUGUUUUGUCUACUGUUAGUCUGAUUGGAAUUAUAUCUUUGAUUUUUAUAUGGUUGUCUACUCCUAUUUGCACUGUUGUAUCUAAUUGGACUACUGUUGGGUGAUGUUCUCUGAUAGUAUUGUUGUGAAUGUCCUAAAUCUCUAUGUAAUUUCCUACACUCAUAUUUUUUGUGACCUGGAAUGCCACAGUAGAAACAUUUGUUGUUGUUUGAAUAAUUAGUAUAUGGUGUCUGGUAAUUGUUUUGAUGACUUUUCUGAAAUUUAUUGUUUUGCCAUCUGGCAGGUAGGCUGUGGUAUCUUCUGUUUUGAUAUGUGUUUUGUUUUUGACUGUCCCUAUCACUGGGUGUGUUUCUAAUAGAGGCUAGUGUGCUGUUUCUAUUGUCUAGCUCUUCAUUGGGGUGAGCAUCUUUAAAUGUUGUGAUUGAGUCAACUAACUCACGCUCAUUUUUAAUCUUUCUCUCUUUAAGGAAUGAAAAUAAAGAGACUGAUGCAUUUCUUAAUAUUUUGUCUAUGAUAAACAUAUCCAGUAAUGCUUUUGGAUCAUUUAGGUCAAUUUCAGUUAAUUCAAGCCAUUUGACAAGAUUGUCUCUAAUAUUGAAUAUGGUGGUGUUAGGAUCUACUUCUCUCUCUAGUCUUAUGUUGUGGAAAUUUUUUCUAUAAAUGUCUUCUGUGUUUCCAUAGAACUUUAACAAAACUUUCUUUAUAUAUGUAUAAUUAUUCUUUUGUUCUUCACUAAGUGAAUUGAUAAUGCUUAGGCUUUUCCCUGAUAAUCUGCUCAAUAAAAUAUUAGCCCAAGUCUCUUCUCUAUAAUUGUAAGACUGACAUAUGCCUUCAAAUUGUGACAGAUAACUAAUAAUUUCUUCUUUAUGUUCAUUAAAUUCUCUAAAUUUAGGUUUGUAUGCACUGUUGGUUUCCCUAUUGCUUGUUGAUGUAGUAUGCUGUCCUGAUUCUAUCCUAGCUCUUUCUAGUUUUAGCUCUUCCUCUCUUAUUUUCAUAUCUUGUUCCCUUAAUUUAAGUUCUUCUAUUUCCUUUUGUCCUUUUAAUUUUAUUUCUUCUAUUUGUUUAAGAUCGUUUCUCUCUAACAUUCUAGCUUCUCGGUCUUUGUCUUUGUCUUGUCGGUCUUUGUCUUUGUCUUGUCGGUCUUUGUCUUCUUUCUGUCUUUGACUAUCUCUCUCCUUGUCUCUUUCCUGUUUGUUCCGUAUUUUGUCCAUCUCCCUAGUUACGAAGUCAGUUAAAUUCUCCUGCUUCAAACCAAGCUUCUCACCUACUUCUAAUAAUUCCAAGUACUCUGCCAUUUUUUAUGUGUAAUGUGAGUAACUAAAAUUAUAUUGUUAUGUAUCAGUAUAUCAGUUAUCUCCUUAUUCUUUGGUUAUCAAUUAAAAUAGUUUACGAUAUUUCAUAUAUCUACAUGUUAAUGAAUGUAUACACAAAUGCAAGUUGAUACAUGAAUUAUAAGUUAUAAAUAAGUGUAAGAAAAAUUUAAAAUAAUUAAAUUGUCUACUUCACAACAUAAAUACAGAUAUGUAGACGUUUACAUGAAUACAAAUGAGACAACAAAUACAAAAGUACUGUGUAGUUUAUGGACCACAAGAUAGUAGAAAAUAUGACAGUAGGUUGACAAUAUGUAUAACAAUGACAAGACAAAUAGCACAAAUAUGACACGAUCUACUAAAAAACAACAGUUAUGACAAUGUACAAACUAGACUUCACAGCUAACACAAAAUUAUCCUACAGUGUUAUAAAUAGGGCCAGAAGAAACCUUUACCGUUUUAAUAAAAAAACUUCCCUAGGAAAGAUAACACCGUGGAUGUCCCUACAGUAUACUCUAAAAUUAAACUUAUAUUACACAGAAAAAGUAAAAAAUUUACUUAAUCUAAUUAAGUAUGAUAUAAGUAUAUUUUUAAAGUCUUAAAUUAUAUAUAUAAUACAUAACAUAAUAUACAUAAAUACCAAGUGAAAGUGUCCAAAAGAAAUCUUUAGUUGGUCACCUCUGCUCCUCUGUGACGCUAUGAUUUCUGUGUAGUCGAUAAUCCUAUGUAGUAGAUGCUCCUUCUAGGUAGUAGAUAAUCCUAUGUGGUAGUGUACUUGGGUAAAAUAAUCCAAUGAGAAAAGUUACACCACAAAUUGCUGCAAUACUCCAAUGUAAGUACCUUGCGUAAUAGUGUAAUUGUGAUAAUCCAAUAAUUGAAAAUUGUCUAAUUUCUCUCCGGUUCUGUUGCACUUGUGAGUAAUUGAAGAAUUACUUGAAGAAUUACUUGACUUGAACUGUGCUGCUUGUAUAAAGUAAAGAUUAUGCUGGGGAAAUCUUACUUCCGCUGUCUUGAUAAAACAUCUCAUCUGUAAUGACAUCAGACUUCUUUUGGUUUUGUGUGGAUCAUCUCUUUCGUUGACUAAUAACUGUAAAAUAGAUUUCUUGCUGUUUCUUCCACGAGAAUAUUCACUCCACUGUUAUAUAAUUGAAACAGUGUACCAGUUAGCUGUUUGAACUCUCAACUUUUGACUCCCGUGACUGACCUAAAUUCAAUCGUUGUCAGCUUGCUCUGUGUGUCGUGGACUCUUCUCAGACUUGACAAAUACUCGGGCGUAAUGACGUUCGAUUCGAAUGUUAAAAUAUAUCAUUGUUACUCAAUGUUCUGUAAUACAUCGUUGUUCUGACACUUCUGACAAUAUUUGUAACGCAUCGUCGUUACACCGCUUCUGACACCAUUUGUAACACACUUCUACUCUGACAUGGCGUGGGAUGUUAUUUCUUAUGCUGUGGGUUAUGUCAGUAGUAUGGUUACUUAUAUUAACGCUUCAGGAUGCCGACUCAGUCUUCUUCAUUCUUUCACUUAUUAUUCAGGCACGUAAAGAAGAAUGCUCAAUUCUAGUUAAAACUCACAGUACUUUAUUGAACACACUUUAUAUUGAUAAUAUUAAUAAAUAAUCCUUGCAUGAAUGUAAUUUCACAUAUAUAUCUAUAGUAUUCCAUCAUUAAGAAAGACACGUCCUCAGACUACUAUAACUCAGCUCAACUGUCUAAUCUCACAGCUCUCACGCUACUGACUGACUCUACUGCUCUGCGCUCAGCUCUCCUUAUCUCAGUCAACUCAUACUUUAUUACCAGCAAAGCGUGCAAAACAACCGCUCUGACAAAACAUAAUUUUACUCUCCAAAAAACGUGGAGUUCACAUUUGUUCUCAAAAAUACAAUCCACAUUGAUUGUCUCUCCCCGUGGAAAAACCUGGUGAACACACUCACUGUCCACUCAUGCUACCUCUCUGUUUACAUGUGAAAACAUAGUCCGUUACACUAAGUAAACCAUGUCAUUGUAAGUACAAGCUAAGUCAACCAUGUCGUUGUAAGUACAAGCUAAGUCAACCAUUUCGUUGUAAGUACAAGCUAUGUCAACAAUGUCAUUGUAAGUACAAGCUAAGUCAACCAUGUCAUUGUAAGUACAAUCUAAAUCAACCAUGUCGUUGUAAGUACAAGCUAAGUCAACCAUGUCAUUGUAAGUACAAGCUAAGUCAACCAUGUCAUUGUAAGUACAAGCUAAGUCAACAAUGUCGUUGAAAGCACAUGCUAAGCCAACCAGGUCGUUGAAAGCACAUGCUAAGUCAACCAGGUCGUUGUAAGUACAAACAAGUCAACCAGAUCGUGGUAAGUACCAGCUAAAUCAACCACGUCGUUUUAAGUACAAGCUACAACCAAAUAGGUUGUUGUAAGUAAAAGCAACAACCAACCAGGUCUUUGUAGGUACAAGCUACACCAACCAGGUCAUUGUAGGUACAAGUACAAGCUACAUCAACCAGGUCGUUUUGAGUACAAGCUACACAAAACAGGUCGUUGUAAGUACAAGCUACACCAACCCUGUCCUUGUAAGUACAAGCUCCAUCAACAAGGUCUUUGUCAGUAAAAGCUACACAAAACAGGUCGUUGUAAGUACAAGAUACACCAACCAGGUCGUUUUAAGUAGAAGCUCCAUCAACCCGGGCGUUGUAAGUAAAAGCUACACAAAAUAGGUCGUUGUAAGUACAAGCUACACCAACCAGAUGGUUGUAAGUAAAAGCUACACCAACCAGAUGGUUAUAAGUAAAAGCUACACCAACCAGGUCGUUGUAAAUACAAGCUAAACCAACCAGGUCAUUGUAAGUACAAGAUACACCAACCAGGUCGUUGUAAGUGGAAGCUACACCAACCAGGUCGUUGUAAGUACAAGCUCCACCAACCAGGUCGUUGUAAGUAAAAGCUGCACCAACCAGGUCGUUGUAUGUACAUGCUGCACCAACAAGGUCGUUGUAAGUAAAAGCUACACCAACCAGGUUGUUGUAAGGAAAAACUACAACCAACCAACCAGGUCUGUAUUAACAUUACGGUGUUCCAGUCAACUUGUGAAACGGUCCCAUACUCCAAAGUUAAAGAACCCCUGAACUGACACCAAUACAUUAUUAGUUUAUAGCGUUUAAGCAAAGUACAACAAUAACAGGAAUUUGAUUAAUUCCAAAUCUAUGUUUUUGACCCAGUGUUGGUUGAGAAAUUAUCCACUAAACGCUUUUACUCCUCUUACUUCCCCUGACAGCUACGAGUCUUCAAGUCCUUCUUUGUGAGCCUAAACUACCCCCUGUCUGUUGUACGCAAUGAAAAGUUUGUGGUACAGGCGACAGUCUUCAAUUACCUGAGGGAAGAUCUCACGGUGAGGAGCAAACCCGUUAACUUAGUACACGUUUUUAUAUUUAAGAUGGUUGGAAAUCAUUGAAUUGUAUGUAUACGUAUUUAACAACGUCCUUUGUAUUCGGUUAGGGGAAAAUAUUGUCAUUUCAAAGUUAGAUGCGCUCGUAAUAUUUCCGUUUAAGAAAAGAUGGUUACUGAAAAGAAACUUUUCAAAACUUUCAUUCUGAUGUUACAUCUUUGAAUGAUUCUAAACAAACAACAAAAAUAAAUUCCUGUGUUAAAAUAUCUCAGCUAUUUAUUCUUCACAUUCUGUUUUGAUAUUUGUAAGUGUUAUCAUUACAAUACAGUAAAUGUUUCAUUAUACAUUAUUGUUUUCAAGUAUAUAAAAUAUCAUAUGUGAAAUUCAUAAUGAAGCUGAAUACCUUUUUAAGUUCAGAUGACAUGUGCUCAAAGCCACAAUGGCAACAAUCCAACAUUGUCUUUCAGGUCAAAGUGACAUUAAAAAGUCAGACUGGGUUCAAGAGUGUAAAGAUCGCUCAGAAUCGAAGCGAGAGUUUGGUGACUGGGAACCAAGAUGUUGUUGUCAUUGUAAGAUCACUUUUGUUUUAUGUCUUGAAUUUAAUCUCCUUGGUCUAAAAUUACCAUAUUUUAUUAUUUUAUUACUUUAAAAUACAUAUUGAUAUAAUUGUUUUUAUUUAUUGCUGGAAGAAAUAUAAAUUUUUUUAAAGAAAAUUAAGACACAUUCUUAAGACUAAAAGCACUAAAUAUUUAAUGCAACGAAUAUACAGUUGAAUGAUUUUAGCCUAAUAGUAAGGCAGACAAUGCUACAGUUGGGUGAUUUUAGCCUAAUAGUAAAGCAGACAAUGCUACAGUUGGAUGAUUUUAGCCUAAUAGUAAAGCAGACAAUGCUACAGUUGGAUGAUUUUAGCCUAAUACUAAAGUAGACAAUGCUACAGUUGGGUGAUUUUAGCCUAAUAUUAAAGCAGACAAUGCUACAGUUGGAUGAUUUUAGCCUAAUAGUAAAGCAGUCAAUGCUACAGUUGGGUGAUUUUAGCCUAAUAGUAAAGCAGACAAUGCUACAGUUGGAUGAUUUUAGCCUAAUAGUAAAGCAGACAAUGACUGUGUGGGAUUUCAUCCGAUGAUGACCACGUGAUCAAAGGAAGAAGGACAAGAAACACAAAGAAAUCAAGUGCAUCAUUAGUCUACUUUCCAGACAAAAAUUACUAUUUAUAUCUCCAGGGCCGGCCUUAGGCCACUGCAACCUAUGCGGCCGCAGUGGGCCCCGCACUUCCAUAGGCCCCACGCUAAUUCUAGGUGUAAAUUGUUAUAAUUAAACCAUUAUAACUUAUAAUCGUGUCUAGGUCAGCGUGUUUAUUCUGUUUUUAUGUUUUACAGUGUUAUUUAAUACAUUACGUCGUUGUUUCAAGUGAUUACGACAAGUAAAUAAAAUUGAAAAAAAUGUGUAGCUGCUCGGGUGCUUUACCUCUUAUCUCGUCCUUUAGGGGAACUUGAAGUAAGAUGAAACAGACCCCGUUCUAAACCCUUUACAGUCCAAGCCUAUUGAUCGUGAUUUUUUUUACUUAGUAAAGAAUGAAUAAAAUGCAAAGACGAAUGUAUUUUCUAAUACAAAAUCUUAAUUUUCACUUAUUAUCCUUAUCCCUACCCAGACUGGGCCCCGCGCUAUCCGUUUCGAUUAGGGCCACGCAAUUGUUAGGCCUCGGCCCUGUAUAUCUCUCUAUAUAAUAUACAUAAUAUGUGAAGUUUUCUUUAGACGUUCUUCCCUAUCAUGUUCAGAUACUAAGUGAGAGAACACACUUUGGAGAUACAAAUAUUUGUUGUGUGUUUAAUAUGUUCGCGUUUAAAAAAAAUAAAAAUAAAACUUAAUAAUAAACACCAAUAUCCGCAAGUGAUAUUUUUCCGUUUACAGGUCAAAUCCGAUACCCAAACCGUGGCUUACUUCCCCAUCUUGGCCACGUCAUUGGGUCUGGUGGACAUUGAAGUGACGGCCCAGACCACGGUAGCAGCAGACGGUGUGCGCAGACAGAUCCUGAUCAAGGUAACCUUUGCGAUUGAGUGGGAAGAGAUUUAAGAAAAACAGGAUUUCUUUAUUGAUGGACGUGCAAGCCGAAAAAUUUCAUUGAAAGUUUAUUCAAGAAGUGCGUUCUUGCUAUCGUUAUACGCCGAACUGAGGAGCUGAAUCAUCAUGGCAUAUGGCUUAUAAGUAGCUUAAUCAGCAUGGCAUAUGGCUUAUAAGUAGCUUAAUCUUCAUAGCAUAUGGCUUAUAAGCGAAACUGAUUAUUUGAAUCAUCAUGGUAUAUAGCUUAUAAGGGAAACUGAGUAGCAAAAUCAUCAUUGCGUAUGGCUUAUAAGUGGCUUAAUCAUAACGGCAUAUGGCUUGUAAGCGAAAAUGGGUAGCUUAAUCAUAAUGGCAUAUGGCUUAUAAAUGAAACUGAGCAUUUGAAUCAACAUGGUAUAUGGCUUAUAAGCGAAACAGAGUAUCUGAAUCAUCGUAACAUAUGGCUUAUAGGCGAACCUGAGUAUUUUAAUCAUCAUGAUAUUUGGUUUAUGAGCGAAACCGAGUAUUUAAAUCAUCAUGGCAUAUGGCUUAGAGUUGUUAUUAGAUAUUACCAGAUACACAAGUAUUUGGGUGAAAGAAUAUAACACGAUAUUGAUAUAUUUGGAUGAAAGAAUAUAACUAUUUAUAAGCAUAGCAUAGUGAGUCACUGUUUAAAAACCUGCUGGCAGUCUCUCUCCCCUUCCACACCUUAUUAUCAUUCUCUAUUUAUCCUUCACGUUAUUUAAUAUUAUUUCGCACAGUCUUUACUGUCCCAGGUUGGUGACACGCGAUAACCGAAUUUCAUAAAAUAACUGCCCGUUAAAAAAAAAUAUUCGUAUUUUCUUACACUCAUAAGUCGCAAAACAAGUUUCUAGGGGAAGGGGCAUCAGGACUUUUUUGUGUCCACUACUGUUGUAUGCACUAUUGUUGUGUGCACUAAUGUUGCACCCUAGAUUCCCGCGAUAGUUUUUGUUAUCUCCACUUGGUUUAGUCUUUGACCCACCCAAUUUGUUGAUAUUAAUCAGAGCUAUUUUCUCCACACAGCCAGAGGGCGCCCCAGUCAACUAUAAUGUACCGGUCUUUAUCAACAAUCAAAACACAUCUUCUCAAAAGUUUGAGAAAAAGGUUUCAUACACACUUCCAGCAUCAGUUGUUGAGGGUUCGGAGAAGGCCAGGGUCAAAGUCACUGGUAAGAACAAAUUUUGUGGGGUUUUUUUUUCAAAUUCACUCCUUUCGGUACAGAUUGAAACAUGAAGUAGACCACUCUUUUUACAGUCAUAUAGUUAUCAAUUAUUUUUGCCGUGUUUUACUCAUCAAUUAUUUUUGACAUGUUUUACUCACUAUCAAUUAUUUUUGCCAUGUUUUACUCACUAUCAAUUAUUUUUGCUAUGUUUUACUUAUCAUCCAUUAUUAUAUAUUACUUAUAUUUUUUACCUAAUAUUAAUUAUUGUUGCCAUGUGUUACUUUUCAUCAAUUAUUAUUGCUAUUUUUACCUAAUAUCAAUUAUUGUUGGCAUGUUUUACUUAUUAUCAAUUAUUAUUGCUAUGUUUUACCUUAAAUCAAUUAAUGUUGCUAUGUUUUACUUAAUCAAUCCUUGUUCCUAUAUUUCCAUUAUCAUCAAUUAAUGUUGCAAUGUUUUACUUAGUAUCAAUUAUUGUUGUUAUGCUUUACUAACCAAGAAUUGUAAGGCGCGCCAUUGUGUUGCCGAUAUCUAGUUUUAACUUGGUAUUUUUUUUUUUUAAAUGUCGACAGGUUUCUAUCUAUGACUAUAAUGCGGCGUUUAAAGAUAAUUGAAAUUUAACACCACAGUUAUAAUUAUUGGAGACUUUUUUAAGGAGAGAGUAAUCUGGGUUAUAUUCAUAGCUUUGUAUGAGUGAGUCAUUUACUGCAGCUUUGUAUGAGUGAGUCAUUCAUAGCUUUGUAUGAGUGAGUCAUUCACAGCUUUGUAUAAGUGAGUCAUUCAUAGCUUUGUAUGAGUGAGUCAUUGAUAUAUUUGUAUGAGUGAGUCAUUCAUAGCUAUGUAUGAGUGAGUGAGUCAUUCAUAGCUUUGUAUGAGUGAGUCAUUCACAGCUUUGUAUGAGUGAAUCAUUCCUAGCUUUGUAUGAGUGAGUUAGUUAUUCAUAGCUUUGUAUGAGUGAGUCAUUCACAGCUUUAUAUGAGUGAGUGAGUCAUUCAUAGUUUAGUUUGAGUGAGUUAGUUAUUUCUUGGUGAAUGUUUACAACAAAAACUUUAAAAAAAAAAAUCUUCCUCAAGUAUCCGCGAAGAUGCUCUUUUCUAUUAAUUGGAUUUUUCAAUUACAGGUGACCUGAUUGGUUUAAGUUUGAGCAGCUUGACAUCACUCAUCAGUCUUCCAACUGGUUGUGGUGAGCAGGUGAUGGUCAAGUUCGCUCCUCAACUCUAUAUUGCCCAAUACCUCAAAGCCACAGGCCAGAUGACCGACACUUUGAAUAGGACAAUAGUUGAUGCUUUGGAAGCAGGUGACUAAAUAUAAAACACAUGGUAGCUGUUCUCCAUCGUUUUCCCUCUAAGGGUCUUUCUUUUUAUUUCAUUGUGACAUCAACAAAGUCUUGUUAGUAUACACAUCAGUCAAAAUCCUGACCAUUUCAUUCUGAACCCUAAAAGCUCAUUCAUUCAGAACCAUGACCAUUUCAUUUAUUCAGAACUUGACCAUUUCGUUUAUUCAGAACCAUUUCAUUCAUUCAGAAUUCAGAACCAUGACCAUUUCAUUUAAUUUAGAACCCUGACUAUUUCAUUCAUUCAGAACCCUGACCAUUUCAUUUAAUUUAGAACCCUGACAAUUUCAUUCAUUCAGAACCCUGACCAUUUCAUUCAUUAAGAACCCUGACAAUUUCAUUCAUUCAGAACCCUGACAAUUUCAUUAAUUUACAGCCCUGAUCAUUUCAUUCAUGCAGAACCAUGAUCAUUUCAUUCAUUUAGAGCCCUGACCAUUCCAUUCAUUUAGAACCCUGACCAUUCCAUUCAUUUUGAACCCUGACCAUUUAAUUCAUUCAGAACCCUGACCAUUUCUGCUACUACCCUGACCAUUUAAUUAAUUUAGAACCCUGUCUAUUCCAUUUAUUUAUAACUCUGACCAUUUCAUUCAUUUAGAACUCUGACCAUUUCAUUCAUUUAGAACCCUGACCAUUUCAUGCAGAACCCUGACCAUUUCAUUCAUUUAGAAUUCUGACCAUUUCAUUCAUUUAGAACCCUCACCAUUUCAUGCAGAACCCUGACCAUUUCAUUCAUUCAGAAACCUGAACAUUUCAUUCAUUUAGAACCCUGAUCAUUUCAUUCAUUUAGAACCCUGACCAUUCCAUUCAUUUUGAACCCUGACCAUUUAAUUCAUUCAGAACCCUGACCAUUUCUUCUACUACCCUGACCAUUUCAUUCAUUUAGAACCCUGUCCAUUGCAUUUAUUUAGAACUCUGACCAUUUCAUUCAUUAAAACUCUGACCAUUUCAUUCAUUUAGAACCCUGACCAUUUCAUGCAUUCAGAACCCUGACGAUUUCAUUCAUUUAGAGCCCUGACCAUUUCAUGCAUUGAGAACCCUGAGGAUUUUAUUCAUUUAGGACCCUGACCAUUUGAUUCAUUCAGAACCCUGACCUAUUCAUUCAACCAUUCUUUCUAAUGUCACAAUACCAGGCUAUCAUCGACAACUCAAGUAUCAGCGAGCUGAUGGCGGAUACAGUCCCUUUGGCAACUACGAUCAGAGCGGCAGUACUUGGUACGUGGUUGGUUGGUUUCUUUCUGUAGAGUUUCAGCGAACCUAACAUUACGAAAUCGAUAAACUGCCUUUGAAAGAUUUUAACAAAUGGAAAUGCCUUUUAAUCUAUUAUAAAUAUAUAGUAAGCUUUCAGCGGCUGUAGAAAGGCUUCGGUGAGUUUCUAAACUCUGCAUUUUGUUUUUGUUUAAGAGGUCCUGCGAUAAAUGUACAAUGUGUGGAAUACAAUAAAAUGUCGAAAAGUGUAAACUGAUUGAUCACUUCACGCCUCGUCCAAUAGUUUGAGUAUGAUCCAUGAAACAAGACGUGUUAAAAGCAAAAUCAUCCGUGUAUAAUAACAAUAAUAAAGUUUCUUUGAAAAUCACGCUGCAUACGCGAAGGCUCGAUGCGCGGUACACAGUCGACCAUAUUAAGAGAGAAAUCAAAACAAUUUAUAUUAUACUAUAUUGAAAUACAAAACGAAACAUUACAUAAACUACGUAUAAGAAUAACCAUUCUUAGUCUUUAAUCCCUUGCAACCAUAAACAACACAAGCCAAUAUACAUCUAAGAGAUAAUAGCUAGCUGCCAAACAUGGUAGACAACAUCACCCAAGCAGGUGUUUGCGAAAAAGACGUGUUUUCAAAUCGGUUUUAAAAGUACUCCAGUGUCUGGCUGUUUUUGAGAGAGACAGAAAGUGUGUUCCAAAUUGUUGGGCCAGCCAAUGCGAAAGUGCGCCUUCCGUAAGUCUCCAGGCGAACACAUGUUAUCGAGAGUUUGCCACUAUCGGAUGAGCGGAGUUGUCUAGUGGGUACAUAUGUCGUCAUGAGCGCUUUGAGAUAGGACGUGCCAGGUCAUGCAAGCAGUGGUAGCACAGAGUUGCAAUUUUGUAUAUGCGUGUUUUAGCAUGGUCAAAUUUGCGUUUGCGAAGAACAAUGCGAGGAGCAUUAUUCUGUGCUUUAUGAAUUUUAUCACGGAGCUAAGCUGGAAGACCCACCAUAACAGCAGUGCAGUAUGCCAUGUAUAAAUAAGCAAGUGUAGACACGGCAACGACAUUUGAUUUUGUCUUGUUCAUUUAAAAAAAAAUAAUUAAGUAAUACACCAACGUUUUUAAAGAAAAAAAACAUAUUUUAUUAAAUUAUAAUUUGUAAAAAAUAUGUAAACUAUUUGGUUGAUUUGAAAUGUAAUUAUCUGUAACAGUUUGAGUUAUUUUUUUUUUUAAAUGACUGAAUUUUGCAGGCUGACGGCUUUCACAUUCAGGGUACUUU